CGUUUAUGUGCUUGACGUCGCGAACUUUGACGUAGUUUUUCUUCUUUUCGUAGAUGUGUCCUCAGCUGAGUACAGUUUCACCCGAACACUCUGAACUCAAGCGUCUCCGUUCACAUGUUAGUCUAAUAACAUGUUUUACACUUUCGAUCUGUUCGGCCGCGUACAUGUACAAACUUCUGGACGAAGCAAUUGCGGAUUUUGAAACUGAACUUCCUAAAAAUGAUGACUUUAGAAAAGAUAUUAAUGAAAAACGAAGUCCAAAAACUGUUUCUCGACUAAGAGCUGUUUUGAAUCAACGUGGAGUGCUUUAUUCUUCCCUUGAUCUUAAUGAUAUUGAGUUUGCAGUUAACUCGACCGGUCUCGUUACUUCGAGUGAACUUUCAAAUGCCAAAGCUGAGCAGUUGAAGUUUGCAAACACGAAUUUCUCAAACUCCCCAGAUGCACUUCUGUACAGAAAGCUAGUUAAUCCAUUUCAUCAGUCUUUGAAGUUGGAUUACACGUCAUCUAGUUUCAAACCAAAUAGCAUCGUAUUUGACAGUGAAUCUGAAUUUAUUGAACAUGUUGAAGAUAAAAAGGAUAGUGUUUGGCUUUUAGCCGUAGCUUCUCCACAGUCUCUCUCUUCAUCAAUCGCGGGAGAUCAUACGAGCACAACUCCAUCCAGAAUAAAACCUUCAUCAGUUGUUACUGAGCAGAUUUGGUCUGUUUUAUGUUAUCGGUAUCAGUCCUUUGGAUUUAAGAUGGGUUUACUGAACUGUGGAAAACUACACAGCCUUUGUAUUGAUCGUGGCUUCAUUAAUCCUGACCUUAUUCUUGCCUUACCCAAAGGUGGUGAACGUAUGAAAGAUAUAGUACAAUUUCGACCUUUGCCUAAAGACCCAAAAUCUACAUCAAUUAUUGAUCAUGAAUCAAGUAACUACAUCUUAGAAGGUAUUCACACGUGGAUUGUAUCAGUGUUAGCAGAACGUGUAAAACCACUGAAUAACAUAAACAGCAUUUAUCCAGUGAAUUCAAUAUUAUCGAUUGACCGAUUGAUAAAAAUGGAUUAUUUAAAACAUUUAUUGUCAUUUUGGUUAUUGAAACGGCCUCAACCAAUCCAUGUUCUUUGGUUUCCUGAGUUCUCUGUCAAGUCGAAGUUAAGUCGCUCACAUCAACAACCACCAUUAGUUUUAAGUGCACUUUCUGUAACAUAUACUGGUCGAGUCCGCUUUUGGAUUGUACCGAAUGAAACAGUGAAGCAGAAUCACACAUUAAUUAAUAAUAAAGUUAAUAAUUGGCCAAUUACAGCUUCAUCUAUUAACACAGUAUAUGACUUGUUAAUCAAUUUAAAUUGUACCAUUAAUUCUCAUUUUCUCAUAUUAACACCUGAAGGUAAAUGUUACUCGUUUGGUUUAAACGAAAGGGAAUAUUUAAGCUAUGAAAAUCUUGAAAUAUUGUUACAUUCUUUAUAUCCUUCGGCGGAUGAUUUUCUUUGGAUUGUUGUACUUUCAACUACAAUUUUAGUCUUAAUUAAUGGUGCUAUAGAAGCUGGUAGAAUUUUAUCGAUUCUUAUACAUUCAUUUUAUGUAAAUCAUGGUGUUGUGGGAAGGCAUCAUACUAGUACUGGUACCCGUCGGUCAGCUUUAGCUAGAACUGUAAUUAGACUAGCACGUCAAGGAUGGACAUCUCAUAUUCCUAAUUUCAAUAUUAAUCAACAUUAUGAAGUUAUUAAUAACAAUAAUAGACCAACUGAUAAUCAUUAUCGUUCAACCGAUGAACGUCGAUUAAUUUAUGGUGAUCAACUGAACAGUUCAUCAUCAAUCAAUAUACAAUCGUUUAUAAUAUCUCAUAUUUUAGAAUGGAUAAAAAUGUUUUUUCUAGACUUGUUCUCAGCUUAUAUUCUUCUUCUGUUAUCUAUUUUACCGUUAUUAAAUCUGUUAAGUUUAUCUUAUUCUCUGCCUAUUAUUAAUUUAGCUCUUUAUUUAUUAAGGUCAUUUGUCUUAUCCUCACCUAUAAUCAAUUUACGUCUUACUAUCCUAUCAGGUCAUUUAAACUGUUGUGUAAUGUCGAAAUAUGAAAGACAUAAUAAUCAACUUACUAACAAUUCACAUUCUCGUCCUAAUCGACUGGAUCCUGUUUUAGUUCGAGAACGGUUAAAUCAAAUACCACCUGAUCAGUUAUGGGAUGAAUUGUCUCGUUUAAUCAUUCAAUCAGAUAUUGAGCUAAGAUCUGGUUCAGCAGAUUCUGCAACUUCAAGUACAUUAGAAUCUGAUACUCGUUAUCCUCACUAUCAAACUUUCAAUAAUCAAUCAAAAUGUGCAAAUGAACGUUUAUCAUCAAGUCUUAUUACAACACAAAGUAAAUCAUAA